AUGAGUCGUUUGCAGUGGUUGAAAGGAGACAUUACUAAACUCGAUGUGGAUGUGAUUGUCAAUGCUGCGAAUAGAAGUCUGCUGGGAGGUAAGUGUCAAUAUAUAGAGGUGUUCCUUUGUUUAGAGCAUACAUUUACGGUAUUACUCAUACUGUUCGCUGCUUUUUCUUGACUCAUGAACUGAAAAUAUGAAAGUAUUUGAUGUGGAUUAAUGUCUAUAGCUUUGUUUAAUUUACCAAAUGUAAUAUUUUAUUGUUGCUUUUAGGUGGAGGUGUUGAUGGAGCGAUCCAUCGGGCCGCUGGUCCGAGACUUCUCGAGGAAUGUAAAACGCUGGGUGGUUGUCAAUUCGGAGAGGCCAAGAUUACCAAAGGAUACGAUCUCCCUUAUGCAAAGUUUAUUAUUCAUACAGUCGGUCCUAUCAUUCGAUCCAAUACCGUGAGUGAUGAACAGCGUGAAUUGCUGAGGAACUGUUACUGGAACUCGUUGGAAUUAGCGAAAAAGUACAAUCUAAAGUCAAUCGUAAGUGCUUGUUCUUAUUUUUUAUAUAAAUUUAGGCGUUCCCCUGUAUUUCCACUGGCGUUUAUUCAUUUCCUCAAGACUUGGCCUGCGAUAUUGUGAUUGACACCGCCAAUGAUUGGAUCAGGAAGAACUCGGAUUAUAUUGUAAGUUAAAACCUUGAGAAAACAAUCUUUUCAGAUUCACAUAAUUUUUUGCCUCUUCAAUGACAUUGAUGUCGAACUGUAUAAGAAGAAGCUCGGUGACUAA